GCACUUUUACUGUCUAUGCUCCCGCACAGAAAAGAGUUCACGCUGCUCGCGCAAAGACAUCUGGGAUCGUGGAGGACUGGCUCGAGCGCUUUGAUUUCCGCAGUGCAGCGUGGGAUACUGGAAGAAGUCAGCGAAACAGUCGUAGAGAAAUGGAUGUCUUUUUGAUGAUCAGACGUCACAAGACAACCAUCUUCACAGAUGCUAAGGAGUCUACCACAGUCUACGAGCUGAAGCGGAUUGUGGAGGGCAUCCUAAAGCGAGCACCAGAGGAUCAGAGGCUUUAUAAGGAGGACAUGCUGCUAGAAGAUAGUAAGACUCUCGGAGACUGUGGCUUCACAAACCAGACAGCCAGGCCUCAGGCUCCUGCCACAGUAGGACUGGCUUUUCGCAUCAGUGAUGAUGCUUUUGAGCCUCUGAGAAUAGAGGCCUUCUCCAGCCCUCCUGAGCUUCCUGAUGUUAUGAAGCCUCAAGACUCGGGCAGCACCGCCAACGAACAAGCCGUGCAGUGAAGGAGGAACACGACGAUAAAGGGUUGGGAGGGGGGAGGGAGGGGGGUGAAGGCAGAGGUAAAGAGAGUCCAAAACAGCGGACAAGCAAAACGUGUGUGUUUUAAGAUGGUGGUGUGUAUCGAAUUACAUAAAGAAGGGGGAAGCAUGAGUGAGAGUGAUCUUGUGUGAUAUUGUAACUUUGCUGAGAAUUUGAAUCGCUCUCCCUGUUAUGCCUCACGUCCCAUCCAGCACUAGCAGCUUACUCUCACUGUAUUGUCGCAAACCCUUCCAAUGUUCAGUGUCUGCUCAGUGCUCAUCUACAGAUUAAUCCACCAAUCACAACACCCCUUUUGGCGCAGGCACAUUUUGAUUUGGUAAUGUUUCCCUUCAUUUCUGAAUGAAUUGCUCAUUUGUUAGUCACCCGUCAGAGGUGGUUGGAUAUCUGAGUAUUUAAACCUGUGCUCCUUAUUUAAUUCACGCAAAUGUUAUGUUUGGAGAGUUAAACGUUUUGUGCUUUUUGUGUGUUAUGAUCUGAUAGGGCUGGGGUGGGUUUGUGUAAGUGGCUGCAAGGUUUUACAAAUGCCCACUUUACUGAUCGCAUUUACAGUACGCUGUUGUGUGUUAAUGAAUAUUGAUAUUAUAAUUCUUAUUUAGAUCCUUCAUAAUUUUAUUGGGGCGCAAAAGGCCAUAGGCUAAACCGUUUUAUGUUACCAACUUAGUGUAAAUGCACAUGGAACUUACUGAACAUCAGAAUGGGCAUGGAUGCCAUCAGGUUAUACCUGCAGAAUAAUUAAUUCCCAGCACAUGGUUAUGGUGAAUUCUGACAUACAGUGGUUUCAUUGUAAAUACAUCUUUCCACAUGCA